AUGGUGUUUUGGUUGUCUCUAAAAAUCGAGCAGCAGCAACAGCAACAGCACCAUCAUCAGCAACAGCCGUCUCAAAUGAGUGGUCCCCAUCAGCGGCCAUCAAAUGGAAGCAACAACUUUGAGCAGCAUGCCAUGAUUCCGGCAACAACAGGAGGCGACCCGGCGAAUCGUGUUUUCAACGAUCAGAAACCGGCGAUUAAUGGCCACUUGCUGCAGACCAAUAGUCUCCAGAUGCCACAUCAGAGUAUGAUGGACACGCAACAGCCAAAUCAAAUGGUUUCGUACAACUUGGACUCUCGAAACACUUCGGGAGGACGUCUUCCGUCGCUCACAUUGAACAAUAAUGGAUUUACAAACAAUGUUCAACUGGGUAAUGGAAAUGAGUGCCAAAUGCAGUCACAGCAACAAAUGCAUCAGUAUGAUCAUCAGAAUCCACUGAAUCAGAAUGAUGCAUCAAUGAAUUUUGUUCCACGACCCAUGGAUGUUCAAAUGUCUUCCAACUAUGGACAGGGUGGUCAGAGCCACUACACCAUGCAUCAGUCUGGAAUGAUGAGUGACUCACAAUCGUCAUCCAAUCAGAUCAACCAAUCGAAAUUCCAACCCGGUCUUCCAACAGGGAGCCAAAUGAUCUCAUCCUUCCAAGUCAAUCAACCUCAAGAGCAAGUAUCUCAUCUGAGCCAUAUGGACCAGGCGCAGCCACCACCCACUCAGCAUUCCAUGAACUCGAUUCCCCAAUCUCAACAACACCAGCUCGGUCAAAUGAGCUGCAAUUCUAGUCAGAUGGGGGUAUCUGGCCAAUCUCCAAACAUUAGCUCAAAUUCCAUGAUAUCCAUCCCCAACUCUUCAACACACAAUAGUUCCCAAUCCACAUCAAUGCUGAGUGCACCUAAUGCCCCUAUAUAUUUGAACAAUUCUUUGCCUAACAGUAACCCUUCUAAUAACAUCCAAGAGGUUAAUGUCACUACAGUAACUCCUCCUAAGGCCAACGAGGUAAGGAUACCAAAUAUCCCAUCCGCACGCCGAAGAUUUUCUGUUCAUCAGAUAUUAAUCAUGCAAGAGCCUCGCCUAAAGCAGUACGGAUCUCUGAAUGACAUGUCGACCAACGAGCUCAGAGCUGAAAGCAAAUUGAGAGCAAUCUCCUCUACAGCUCUAGGAAAUAAAUCUAAAUUGUGCGGUCGUUUGGAACCAUUCGAGGCCGAAAUUCUCGCCGCAAAAAAUUCAUUCAUGUUGGAGGAUUACAAUACAAAACGGCAACUGUAUGAAACUCAAUCGGCCACCCUGAAAGACUUCCAAGAAAAGAAAGCUCAAACUCAAGCUCAAAACAGAAGCGCGGCGGCUCGGGCUAAGCUCAUUCGCGCAUCCGUAGAUGGACAGCCUCCAGAGAAGAAGAAGAGACCUUCAAGACCACGCAAACCUGCUCAUCCACGUGGCCAAAAGGGUGCUGAAGCUGUUCAGGAGGUUCCAGAAAGCGUUACCGAAGUUAUCAAUUCUUUGCCAGUAGAGUGCUCCAGCGUUCCAACUAACGCUGAUGCUCUCCUUGGACGCAACAAUGAACAAUCCGCAACUGUCAGCUAUACGGUCACUCAAGAAAUUCAGCAAUCCCAACAGGUUCCAAACUCAAUGCACGUUUUCGGGAAUGUCUCUCAAAACAAUGGCUCAGGAUUUUUUAUCAAGGAUGAUAGCUGCUUUUCACAUUUAGGAUCUGGGUGCAGGGUUAUUUCCCAAUCUCCACCCGAAGACCCACAGAUAUCGUCCGGAGCAGGAAGCAGUAUCACUAGAACAUUCCAGACUGUUGUUCCACCACCACCACAACCACACCCAGUGUCACAGUCUCCACCACAACCACAGAUACAGUCACAGCAAUCAGGAAAUCCCCAGAUGCAACGUUUCCAACAACCAGACCAUCAACAACAAAUUUAUGGGAUGGCUGAGCAGCAGCAGAUCUCACAAGACCAAAUUCAAAUUCAAAAUCACAAUUCAAACCACAACCAUGAUUCUCUAAGCCAACCACAAUCUCAACCACAGUCUCGGCAAAACUCUCAACCGCAAUCGAUUCAAUCUCAAUCUCGUCCAAUGAGUCUCAAUAACCAGCAGCUCCUUGGCAAUCAGAACAACAUGAACCAACCAAUGCCAAAUAUGUUCAAUAACAUUCCAACUCCAGUUUCCAUGCAGCAACAAAUGCAGCAACCAAUGCAACAGCAAAUCUUUACUCCAAAUCAUCAACCCGUCCUAAUUGCAUCCGCAGAAACUGGGUGGGUCGGAAUGUACCCGUCACCAGGGCCACCGGAUGACUUUUUCAUUUACGAUAAAUAUAAUCAGUUCUAUCCUAACCCCAAGUUACAAGCGAGUCCUUGUGUUGCUGACCAGGCGGGUCCUUCGCCAAACAUGCCAGUCAGCGACCCAACUGCUACCACUUCCGGCAGUCCGGUUGUAAUGGGUACGCUCGUCGAAAACAUGGAGGCUGCUGCCGAGGCGAUGGAUCAAGAAACCAUGCAAAAGUUACUAUCACCGGCGACGCUACGUGCGAGAGAGGAUCUUCUCACUCAACAACAAGCCAAAAUUAAUGAGCUGGUCACUUUGAUUCAAAAGCACCAUGACACACUUCGCGAGCAGCAGCAUCAGAUCAACUUUGCGAAAAAGCAACAAAAAGAAAGACAAAGGCAAAAUCCCACACAGCCAAUUGCUCAUGUUUUGGAUCAACACGUCAGCAGUAGAUGUCUUCAACAUGCAAUAAAAAGUCGUCAAAACGUUCAGACACUGAGUGACUUAACAUCCCAACAAGACAGCAUUCGCACUGCAGAAACCCGACUCAUCGAACAAUUGCAUAUCAACACUGCAACCGACGACAUUGCACGGUUAAUCAAACAAGAUGGUCGCACGGCACUAGUUAUCGUUUCCCUCUUACAUGAUUACCGAACAACUCGCGAGCAGCAAACCCAUCGAACUAGAUCAGCAUCAGUUGUGGGAGAAUCUGAUGAUAAGAGUUCCAUCCUUGGAGUGACUCCUUCCGCAUCCUCUUCUUCAAUUUCUUCCGCCACGCCUUCUGAGGAUGCUCCGAAAAAAAAAGCACCGGCUAGAAAACGUAACCCCGCUGUAUCAGGGAAACCAAAUUCAAGUCGAAAACCAGCACAAAGAAAACGAAAACUAGAAGUGGAAGAAAUUGUGCAAGUAACACAGGAAGAAAUUGUUUAUGAAGAUGAGGAUGAUGAAGAAGUUGACCAGUUCUUGAAAUUCGCUCAACCAGACUCCGUUUACAAAUCUGAUGAGCAGUCCAAUGUGGAUAUGGAGGAGAUUUUUAAAACUGUGAUUGACGCUUCACGGGGUCCAAUGGAUGCAAAAACGGUUGAAAUGUUGCUUCAAGGACCACCACAAACACCGUAUGAUACGGAACUAAUGUCUCUUCCAUCUGACAACUCAUCACCAAUCAGAAUUCAAAGUCAAGAUAGUGCACAAUCGGUUUUCUCAGAAAUCUCAUACUCAAAGACUAUGAUGUAUCAACAGGAUAAUUCUCCACAACAAUACAACAUUGGAACUGAAACUGAGUCUAGCUGCUCACCAGUAGAAGUUUUUGUUUCACCAAAUGAGAUUCUACAGCAAAAAGCGGAAGAAAUGAAAUCCGCAAAACCUGAGAAUAUCAAAAUACUUUCGCAAUUUGAGCAGGUCGUAAUAGAUCAAGACCUUGGAAGCCAACAGUACCAAGAUCCAAUGAUGUAUGACAAGUGUGAAAAUCAAGGCUUCUUGAACAACGAUCUAGACUUUGACUUCCCGGACAUUGACCAGAUGGUUGCCAGUUUCAAAGAUUCUGAACCAUUAAACGCUUCUCUGGAUGACGUCGACUUAACUGCUCUUCUGAAUGGUUGGAAUGAAGUUCCAGGUAACCAGAAUUGUGGAAGCCAGGCACAAAAUAUGCACAGUGUCCACGAUAACAUGAUGUACAGCUCUAAUCAAAUGGUACACCAUCAAGAUAUGAAUUGGUCCAAUUACUCCAAUCAAACCAACAUUAUUAACCAAGCCUUCGAGCAAUCGGAAAUCUAA